AUGCUAGAAAAGGAGAGAAAGUAAGCUCAGUUUCCGUAAUUGGAGAUGUCUCACCUCUUGUAUGGAGAUAAGGAAGGUUUCGACAAGUUUAUAGAAAGAUAGACCUUCUUUGACAACCAUCCAUUGUUCAAAGUCGAUUUCAAUUUUUUCAACAAAUCCAGACAAGAUUAAAUCCUUUUAAAUGCCCAAAAAACCAUCGAAGCUGUAAAGAAUCUGGAUCUGGCAAAUCAGAAAUACUACACUCCAAAUAUAUUAUGUCCUUAAGGAAACUUUAUAUCUACAGUUCAUUUUGCCAUGGUAAUUCCCGCCUUCUAGGUUUUGGCAUCUGAUGAUCAAAUUGAAAGGUGGAUGCCAUCAUUGAAAAAUUUCUAUGCAUUCGGAUGUUAUGCAUAAUCUGAAUUAGGACAUGGUUCUGACGUUUAAAGUAUACUGACUGUAGCCACUUUUGAUAAAACAACAUCGGAAUUUAUAAUUCAUACUCCGAAUGUUGAGGCUACCAAAUUUUGGCCUGGAGAAUUAGGAUUAUAUUGUGAAUUCGCUUUGGUAUUUGCCCAAUUGAUAGUAGAUGGAAAGAACCACGGAGUUCAUCCAUUCUGGAUAAGAAUAAGAGAUAAGGAUACUCAUAGACCAAUGCAAGGUGUUUAAAUUGGUGACAUAGGACCUAAGAUGGGAUUUGCAGUUAAGGAUAAUGGUUAUAUGUCAUUUGAUCAUUUUCGAGCACCUCUAGAUAGUUUACUGAAUAGAUACAUUAAAGUAAGUUCUGAUGGAAAAGUUGAAAGAUAAGGUAAUCCAAAAGUUGGAUAUGCCAGUAUGUUGUACAUGAGAAAUAUUCUUUGUGAUCAAUAUACUAAGUUUGCAGGUAAAGCUUUAACUGUUGCUGUUCGAUACUCUCUAUAUCGAAGAUAAUUUAAAGAUGAUAAUAAAUAAGAGAUUUUAAUUUUAGAUUAUCAAUGUUAAUAAUAAAAGUUAUUCCCCUUACUGGCUGAAUUCUACGCUUGUGUCUUUGGAAGUAUCAAAAUCAAAGAAUUAACCAACGAAAAUUUCAAUAAAAUCACCUAAUAAAAUGACUUUAGUAUGCUUAAUUUGACUCAUUCAAUUUUGAGUGCAGCAAAAUCAAAUUACACUUACUUUGUAGCCAAUUGUGCUGAAUGGUGUAGAUUGAGUUGUGGUGGCCAUGGUUUUGCUCAUUAUUCAGGAUUACCCACUAUAUUCUUUGAGAUGUCUCCAAAUAUUGUGUUGGAGGGUGAAAAUACUAUAUUAAAUUUAUAAUUAGCAAGAUAUCUACUUAAACAAUUAUAAAACACAGUGUCCAAACCAGACUCUGUCCCCUCCUACUUUUAAUUCUUGUCAACUGACACAGUCAAAAUCUAGGAUGUCACUACUAUUUAAAGUCUCGCCACUCUUUUGGGUUGCAAUUGCUCCAUCUUAACUAGGUACGCUGCCUCCAAAUUCAUGGCCCAUUCUGAUCUUUAAGAUAGUUGGGACACAAAGAGUGGCAUUGCUUUAGCCAAGGCUGCAUCAGCAUUCAUUCCUUACUUCAAUAUGAUAUGUUUCAUUGACACCAUUCAAUAUAAAGCUAAAGACACCAAAGAAAUACUUACAGUACUCGCUUAAGUUUAUGGCAUAACUAUGUUACUCAAUAAUUUUCAAGGAUUGUUACUCAAAAAUCAAAUCAGCAGUGAAUAAAUUAAAUUAUUGCAAGAUACCAGGGAAUAACUAUAUCCAAUCAUAAGAAGAAAUGCCUUAAGUUUGGUAGAGGCUCAAGGGUUAUCUGACAACACUUUGCAAAGCUUGAUUGCUCCCAAAGAUGGAGAUGUCUAUGAAAAUAUGUACCGUUAUGCCUCAUAAGAUAAUUCUUUAAAUAAACAGAAGGUACAUGAAGGAGUAACAUACAUUAAAAAAAUGAAGGAAGUAAAUGCUAAAUUAUGA